GAAGAUGUUGCCAGUGAUCUCCAGCCAUCGUCUUUGUUGGGUUAGGCUUCAGAGAAGAAUCUGCCUGAACCAACCAGUGGGAAGCAGGCAGCACUCUCAGCAUAUGCACAUCAGAGUUGGAGACCGGGCUGAACUCAGCAGGGCCUUCACACAGAGGGAUGUGGUUGCCUUCUCAGAAUUAACGGGGGAUGUCAAUCCUUUGCAUUUAAAUGAAGAUUUUGCAAAAUGCACCAAGUUUGGAAAGACAAUUGUACAUGGAGUUUUGAUCAAUGGACUUAUCUCAGCUCUCCUGGGUACUAAAAUGCCAGGACCAGGCUGUGUAUUUCUUUCCCAGGAAAUUAACUUUCCAGCCCCUUUAUACGUUGGAGAAGUUGUUUUAGCUUCAGCGGAAGUGAAAAGGCUGAAACAGUUCAUGGCUGUUAUUGCUGUGUCAUGUGUUGUAAGAGAAAGUGAGAAGACUGUUAUGGAAGGCUGGGUUAAAGUUAUGGUUCCAGAAGCUCCCAAAUCCUGAAAUACGUGUUUAAAGAUGCAAGUUCAGGCAUCGAUGUUACUGUUACUGAAGAGACUCUGAGGAAAAUGGAUUGCUGUUCUUCGACGAGGAAUGGCCAGCAGAUCCAGCAUCUCGUAUAUGGGGAGGGGAGCAGGCAGCAAGGUGUUCACAUGCCCGUUUUAUAAUUUGGCCUUGUGAUUCCCACAAACUUAAGUAUAUUUAUCAUGUCUAGGUUUGUGAAAUUGAAAAAAUAUUGGGAAUGUUAUCAUUUAGCUAAAGGUUCUACUUUUGGGAUUUCAAACCUACUUUUAGAUUUUCGUUUGGAUAACAUAAACUUAACAUUACCUCUAUAGAAUAAAUUUCUCACUGAGUUUA